GCGGUUGCAGCUGAAAAACCUCCCUCUCCAGUUUCUCUUGGUUUCAUGCUCCUCAUCCGAAUCCGUCCCCUUGGUCUUGGUUUUUCUUUCUCCUGCAGAAUGAAGCACGCUUGCCUUCGCUCCUUCACCCUCUUCCUCCUCACCCUACUCCGUCUGGGCCGGAGCUCGAGCACAGCGGAUAACCAGCCCUCCUGCCAUCGAUGCGACCCUCAGCUCUCCUGCAACUGCUCCUGUGGUGGAUUCACUCGUGUUCCCACGGUAACAGACCAGGCCCGGACUCUGGACCUCUCCUUCAACAACAUCACCGCGGUGACCGACGAUGACCUCAAGGGCCACGAGCAAUUGAAGGUUCUGGAUCUCCACGCUAACAGAAUAGCCAUCAUCCAUCCGUCAGCGUUGGACUCUCUGUGGAGCCUGGAAGAGCUGGACCUGUCCGACAACCAGCUGAGCACCCUCAACCACAGCUGGUUCAGUCACCUGGGAGCUCUGCAGAAGCUCCACCUGCUCAACAACCCGUACAGCCGUCUGGGAUCUCCUUCACUGUUUCGAGGACUCGUCGGACUCAGGAGUCUGGCAUUUGGAGGUCCGGCUCUACAGGAGUUGAGGAGAGGAGAUCUGCACGGCGUCACCCAGCUGGACGAGCUCACCGUGCACGCUACAAACAACCUGGCCAGGUACCAGUCUGGGGCUUUGGCCGACAUCUGGCCGCUCGGUCGCGUCACUUUAAACCUACACGGCUCGUCUCUAACAAACGUCACCUUGGCCUCGGCUGUGCUCGGUGACGUGUCGUACCCUGAGACGCCCAUCACCCUGGAAAACAUUCACCUGACUGGGAAUGAGUCUGCUCAGGGUUUGAGAGAGGCGGCCAGGAAGAGAAUCAGGCAGCUUUCCUUCCGAAACCUUUCUAUUUCUGAUGAGGUGGCUAUGGACUUCCUGUUGCUGUUUGAUGGGGUACCGCUGACCUCCCUUUCCUUCGAUGGUCUCACUCUGACUGGCGACGGCAGUUGGGGACCUGCCAUAAAGACCAACCUCGGAAGCAUGGACGAGAUUUUCAUCAGGAACCUUGUGGUGGUGGACAUUUUGAGGUUUGUCAUGACUGCAGACCUCUACUUCAUACUUCAGUUCCAGAGGAAGAUGUCCAUCAUAAACUCCAAGGUGUUCUUGGUGUCCUGUAAAACAACACAGCUGAUGGUGAACGCGGAGUAUUUGGACGUGUCGGACAACCUGCUGACGGACCUGACGCUGGAGUACAUGAUGUGUGAAGGCAACAGCACGUUGAAGGAGCUCCGAGUUUUGAACAUCAGUGGAAACCCUCUGAAGUCUUUGUCCACGGUGAGCCGGUUGGUCGCGAAGCUCACCAAACUGACCCACCUGGACAUCAGCAAAAUCAGCUACAGCUCCAUGCCCUCCAGCUGCUCCUGGCCCUCCGCCCUCCGAUACCUCAACAUCUCCGUGUCGAAGCUCACCACCACCACUCCCUGUCUACCCACAUCGCUGGAGGUGUUGGACCUGAGCUACAAUGAUCUCAGAGACUUCACGGUGCUCCUGCCCGUGCUCAGAGAGCUUUACCUAUCUGGGAACAAGUUUCUGAGGUUGCCUUCUGGGCAUCUCUUCGUAAAUCUGCGCAUCCUAACCAUACAGUCCAACACCCUGAAUGUGUUCAGCCACUCAGACCUCCAAUCGUUCAAACGACUCCGGAAGCUCCAGGCGGGCCAGAACAAGUUCAUCUGCUCCUGCACCUUUGUUCCCUUCCUCCAGUUUCAUUUUCAAGGAGGUGGAGAUCUUCAGUUGACGGAUGGAGAGGCCAGCUACGUCUGUGACUCCCCUCUCCACCUGCAGGGGAAGCCCGUGAGUGGAGUCCACCUCUCUGUCGUCGAGUGUCACCAAGUUCUGUUUGUGUCGGUGAGUUGUGGGUUGGCGUUGGUCGUCGGGGUUGUGCUGUGUGUCCUGCUCUGGCGACUCCACGUCUUCUGGUACCUGAGGAUGACCUGGGCGUGGCUCAAGGCCAAGCGCAACUCCAAGAACCGGCGGUGUAGAGAUACGGAGGGAUGGGAAGCGUUGCUGUCCUUCGAUGCCUUUGUUUCCUACAGCGAAAGAGACGCUGGCUGGGUGGAAAACUUCCUGGUACCUGAGUUGGAGGAGCCCAGUGACUCCAACUCCGGGAACGCCAGGUCAUUUACCCUUUGCCUCCACAAGCGGGACUUCCUUCCUGGACGCUGGAUCAUGGACAACAUCAUGAACGCUAUUGAGCGCAGUCGUCGGACCGUCUUCGUCCUCUCUGAGAACUUCGUCCACUCCGACUGGUGCCGCUUCGAGCUGGACUUCUCCCACUUCUGGCUCUUCGACGUCGGCGUUGACGCGGCCAUCUUGAUCCUGCUUGAGCCGCUGUCCAAGGACGACGUUCCCAAACGCUUCUGCAAACUGCGCAAGAUCAUGAGCUCCACCACCUACCUGGAGUGGCCUCAGGAGGAGGAGAGGAGGCCGGAGUUCUGGAGGAGCCUCCGCAACGCUCUGAGGGGAGACCAGGAGGAUCAUUAACUUGUUGCCACUCCUGUAAAAGACGCCUAAAACGCCUAUCCAAGGCAUACCCAAAGUAAAUUGAAAGCUGUUUGAAGUACAUAGAUGGUUUUGGUCUCUUUUGAAAGGUAACACUCUGAAGGUUUUACCCCAACUGUCAGAAUCACUGUAACUCCUACAUUGAGUAAUCUAAGUUUGAACACACUGAAAUAGAAGGUUUUUAUUUCAGCCGGAAAUUUGUUUUGUAAUCAGAUGUCUGCAGAUGAGUCUGCAGAUCUGCUGUGACUUAUUAGCUGGAAAACACAAUGGGACCACAGCAUGAAGCCUUAUCUAGUGUAAUUUCAAAUGUGAUAACAAUACCACAAAACAUUAGUAUUUUACACAUGUUUCUGUAAGAUUAUGUCUAGACCUUUCCAAAAAUGGCCAUUUGGAGAUGCCAAAAAGACACUUGGAUAACCAUGGGCAUAACUCUUGAACCUUUCAACAUACAGUCAUAAUUUUGUGAAAUAAAUUGUCUCCAGCAGCUCAGAACCUCC